GAUCAAACAAAAAACAAAUGGCAAACUGUUUAUUCUGCUUAGAGCAAUAGAGAGCCCCCAAUCAAACAAAAAACAAAUGGCAAUAGAGAGCCUAAAUCCAACCGCCGAUUGGCGUAUUCUUAAAGUUUCUAAUGUUGAAAGCACCAAACCAACAAAGAAAGAACCACCCAAACAAACUCAGACUCUUGGUUUCCACGAACCCAUUUUUCUCUUAUCCCUCACAAUUCCUCCUUUAUAGUUGUCAACUUCAUCUUCUUCUUCAUCUUUUUAGGCAGAUGUCCUUUAUGGUUGUCAACUUCAUCUUCUUCUUCAUCUUUUUCGGCACAUUUUCUUCAAAAAAUUAGAGAAAAUAAUAAUAAUAAUAAUAAUAAUAAUAAAGUUCAGGUGCAUCUUUCUCUCAAUCUUCUACUUUUCAUCUAGUUUAUUAUCGUGUAAUUUCCUUUUGUUAUUUUUCUUUUUGAAUCUUUUCUGUAAGUUUAUUAUUGUUUGGUCUAAACCCUACCACUAAAUGUAGUUUCCUAGAAGUGAAUUCUAUUUUUCUUUUUUUCUUUUUUUAAGAGGUGAAAAGUGAAUUCCAUUUGUCAAUGCUUAAUCAAAAGCUAAAUUUCAAGAGCAUACCAUUUGAGUUGAUCAAACAGCAGACUUAGAAAAUUCAAGACACCCUGCCAAAUCCAUGCCACAUUUUGGUCCGGUAUGUUCUGGAAUUGUUUCUAAGCAACCUUUUUUUUUUUUUUUUUUCGGGUAGGACAUUAAUAUACGAUAUUGAAGAGUCAAAGAAGUAUAUAUAUAUAUAUAUAUAUAUAUAUAAGUUUGUGGGUUAUAUAUAAUUACCACCUCGUACUUAGACCUCAAAUCCCUUUUGAUGUAAAAUUAAGAGUUAUGAAUAAAAUGAAGAAAUGGACCGGUGGUGUUUUAGCUGGUUCCUUAUUUAUGCUGCUGGUGCUGAGAUAUGGUGUAAUGAGAAACACUACCACCGGAAAGAGUCCAUUACCAACUCCUAUCGCCUUCGAUACAUAUGGUCCUCUUCAAAGCGAAGAAAAGAAUACAACCACUCUGCUUGAGUUGAUUCAAGAUGGGGCAACACCUCCUCUUCCAAAUCCAAAACCAGCCAACCAAGUUAUGCCUACCGAAACAUUAUUAGAUUCUAGCCUCUUUCUCGGAAGGAACUUCUCUUAUGGAGUCCAGACUUCUUUACUGACAUGGAAUCAUAUGAAAAAGCUGGAUAACUAUUCAAAAAGUUUGCCUUACGAAAUUGAGGCUAUUAGUGAAGCUCGAGAUGCAUGGCGAAAGCUUAUGAAAUCCUUUGGGGAGGAAAAGCAUGGUGGUGAUGCAAACAAUGAUUCAAUUCUUAAAGUGAAGAAGAAGAAACAGUGUCCUUAUUUUAUCAGUAAGAUUAAUGCCACGGACUUUGGUCAUUAUACUAGUCAUGGUGGCCAUAGAUUGCAAAUUCCUUGUGGCCUAAUUCAGGGUUCAGCCAUUACCAUACUUGGCAUUCCAAAUGGUCUUCUUGAUGGUUUUCAAAUCGACUUAAUGGGUGAAACACUUCCUGGGGGAAGAGAUCCACCCAUUAUUUUGCAUUACAAUGUCCGAUUAUACGGCGACAAAACAACUGAUGACCCUGUUAUUGUCCAGAACACAUGGACUGCAGCUCAUGGUUGGGGUGAAGAGGAGAGAUGCCCCUCUCCAGCUCCUAAAAGCAAUAUGAAAGUGGAUGAACUAAUACAGUGCAAUAAGCUAGUGGGAAACUAUGAGAGCCAGAAGUUUGUGGCUAAUCAAACUUUGAAUGUUUCCAAAAGUUCAUCAAUGAAAAGGGAUAGCUCUAGUUCCGGACAAUAUUUUCCAUUCAAGCAAGGGACUCUCUCAGUCAUGACACUCAGGGUAGGAGAAGAAGGAUUUCAAAUGACAGUCGAUGGAAGGCAUAUAACAUCUUUUGCUCAACGUGAAAGUUUAGAACCAUGGCUUGUUAAUGAGGUGAGGAUUUCUGAAGACAUAAGCCUAAUUUCUUUCGUGGCCAGUGGCUUACCAACGUCGGAGAAUUCAGAGCAAGUUGUUGAUUUAGAAGCACUGAAAUCAGCUCCACUCCCAUCUCGCAAGCCAUUGGAUCUCUUCAUUGGCAUUUUCUCCACUGCAACUAAUUUCAAGCGCAGGAUGGCUGUUAGAAGAACAUGGAUGCAGUAUAAUGUGGUUAAGACUGGAGCAGUUGCAGUGCGUUUCUUUGUAGGUCUGCACAAAAAGCAGAUGGUAAAUGAGGAACUCUGGCAUGAGGUUCAGACAUAUGGAGACAUCCAACUGAUGCCUUUUGUUGACUACUAUACUCUUAUAACCUUGAAGACUCUAGCAAUCUGUAUAUUUGGGACACAAGUUGUUUCAGCUAGGUAUGUCAUGAAGACGGAUGAUGAUGCAUUUGUUCGAGUGGAUGAAGUACUGGCUACUUUAAAUAGGACCACGGUGACACAGGGAUUGCUAUAUGGUCUGAUCAACUAUCAAGCCAGGCCUGAUCGAAAUCCUUUUAAUAAAUGGUACAUCAGCAGUGAGGAAUGGCCUGAAGAAACAUACCCGCCCUGGGCACAUGGUCCUGGUUAUGUUGUAUCAAAUGACGUAGCAAAAGCCGUUUACAAGAGGCACAAAGAAGGUCAUCUAAAGAUGUUCAAGCUGGAGGAUGUCGCAAUGGGAAUCUGGAUAGCGGAACUGGAGAUUGCAGGUUCAAAUAUUAGUUAUAAGAUGGAAAGGAGGGUUUACCACGAAGGUUGUCAUGAUGAUUAUGUUGUUGCCCAUUACCAAAGCCCUAGACAGAUUCUUUGCCUCUGGAAAAAUUUGAGAGACAAAAAUACGGCAAGAUGUUGCAAAAAUCGUUAAGAAGGUGGGUAUCUGCUCAUUUGGAACAUAAGUAUAAAAUUGACUAUACACAGAGUAAUGAAAAGUAGAAAAUUUAAAAAUAGUGCAGCAUAAGGAAACUAGGUAAGCCAGGCAGAAGAAUAAAGAUCAGCGGAACUGACAUGCUUUUGGGGCUUUUUGGGCAGGAUUGUUAAAUGCAUACGUACAGACAUAGAGAAAUUUCUGGCUGAAUAUGUUUUCAGGAAAAUGUACCACCUUAGUUUUGUCUGACACAUUGUGAGAAACAGCAUUAAUGGGAGGCAGGGGCACCCUGUCUGUUAAUUCCAUAUAUAAACAUUUAUAUCAGUUGUAUAAUGGCGUAAAAAUGUUCAUAGCAUUCUUCUAAUUUAUAAAUCUACAGUCCAUUUUAAUUA